AAGCCUAGAAGCUCUUUCCACUUUUCCACUAGGCACCCACCACUAUGGCUGUCAGUACCCGCUCCGAGUUCGUUGACUUCAUCGUCCCGCUUCACGAACGCUUGAAGCUCUACGACCCUCGCUCUCCACCGUCGGACCAGGCGAAGAACAAUGCCGCAGAUCCCACCAAGCGCAUUCCGCAGGGCUUCCUCGAUGCCAUGACCGUGCGCGAAGAGGUCUUCGUCCGCGAGCAGAAAGUGCCUCUGGAGAACGAGUUCGACGAAGACGACAGCCGCAGCUUUCACUGGGUCGCCUACGCUUCGAUACCCACCAAAGCCGUUUCACCCGACAUCAAAGCAACGAACGGCACCGCAGAUCCGAACAGGCGGGUCAGCAACAGCACCAAGAUCCCUAUUGGCACGAUCCGUCUUGUGCCGCCUCCACACCCACCUCACCCCACACCAGGAUCCCACCACAAAGCCGAUGCACUCGAAGGCGACUUACGUAAAGACAGCAUCUCACCUCAUGACGGGAAGGAAGCUUACAUCAAACUCGGCCGCCUCGCCGUCAUUCGCGAGUUCCGCCGCACCGGCAUCUCCAAGCUUCUGAUCGAAACAGCUCUGGCGUUUGCGCGCCAACAUCCGUAUGAGAUCAUGCCGCAUUUUGAUCCUGCGAAGAUGGAGAGCCUGAAGCAGGAGUCAGAUCGGGGGUUUGGGCUGGAGUGGAAGGGGCUCGUGUUAGUGCAUGCGCAGGUGGGCGUGCAGAAGGUGUGGCGGAAGUAUGGGUUCGAGACCGACGAGGCGAUGGGAACAUGGGAUGAGGAGGGCAUCGAGCAUGUAGGAAUGUGGAGGAGGCUGGAUAUCGAGGGAGGACGUAGGCGGAGUAGAGCGUUCCCGGUGCUUGCUAGUCCGUGAGCCGGGUAAGGCAUCGUGCGUAAAGGGCGCUGUAUGGAGUUGAGAGGUGAUGGGCGCUAUUUGCUUCGGGUAUACCCAAUCAUUUGGAUGUGCUACAUAUGUUGCCCAAGACCAUACAGCGGGUCUGGGCUUGCGUCGCAUAGAUGGCCAGCCAAUCCUUCAACACGGUUUUCGGGCAUAUCUCCGUUCGAACACAAUGUCUUCGCCAAUAUACGUCAAGCGGAAGAGAUUGGUUUGGUGAGGCAAUAAUCGCAGCGUCAGGUAUGGGUGUGACUUGGGAAUAAUGGCACCGAUCACAGUCCUCGGACUUUCGCCGAACUCCGCAAGCACUUCCACAUGAUCCGUGCGCAAGAUUGGGUCAGCCGAACUCGCUUCCAGUCCUAUCU